CAGUGAUCAAGAUGACUCUUCUCCCAGGAGAAAAUUCAGACUAUGACUACAGUGCCCUCAGCUGUGCUUCAGAUGCCUCCUUCAACCACCCUUUAUUUGCUGAAAGAGAAACUCUGAAGGGGGUCUUCUACCAAAGAGCCAAGCGUCUUCAUCCUGGCAAAGACCUCUACGAAAGUGUCCGCCCAGAAGAAAGGAAACACUAUAUCAUCAUUAACGUGGGUGGCUUUAAAUAUUUGCUCCCCUGGACCACCCUGGACAAGUUCCCCAUGACUCGCUUGGGACAGCUGAAAUUCUGCAACAAUUUUGACGACAUCCUCAAUAUUUGUGACGAUUACGACGUGACUUGCAAUGAGUUCUUCUUUGAUCGCAACCCGGGAGCAUUUAGGACCAUCUUGACUUUUCUGCGGGCAGGGAAGCUCCGGCUCUUGAGAGAGGUGUGCGCCCUCUCCUUCCAAGAAGAGCUGCUCUACUGGGGCAUAGAGGAGGACAGCCUAGAGUGGUGCUGCAAGAGGAGAUACCUCCAGAAGAUGGAGGAAUUUGCAGAAAUGAACGAAAUAGAGGAUGAGUUUUUGGACUGCGAAAACCCUUCUGAAGCAACAGGAACAGAGACAAAAGGCAGCCUAUGCAUGAAAAAGUUACAGGACAUGGUGGAGAAGCCUCAGUCAGGGAUCCCUGGAAAAGUGUUUGCCUGUUUAUCUGUCCUCUUUGUAACAGUCACAGCAGUUAAUCUGUCUAUCAGCACCAUGCCUGGGUUACGAGAAGAAGAGGAACGAGGCGAGUGUUCUCAGAUGUGCUACAACAUUUUCAUUGUGGAAUCUGUUUGCGUCGGAUGGUUUUCCUUGGAGUUCCUCUUGAGAUUCAUCCAGGCACCAAGCAAAUUUAUAUUUCUGCGGCACCCUCUGACAUUAAUUGACAUAGUUGCCAUCCUGCCCUAUUAUAUCACUUUACUACUAGAUAGUGCUUCAGUGAGUAGCAACAAAAAGCCAAGCUCUGGCAACAUUUACCUGGAUAAGGUAGGCCUGGUGCUCCGUAUACUCCGUGCCUUGAGGAUUCUCUACGUCAUGCGGCUCGCCAGGCAUUCACUAGGUCUGCAGACCUUGGGACUCACAGCUCGUAGGUGCACACGUGAAUUUGGACUGUUGCUGCUGUUCCUUUGUGUAGCCAUUGCACUUUUUGCUCCCCUCUUGUAUGUGAUUGAAAACGAGAUGGCAGACUCUCAGGAGUUCACCAGUAUCCCUGCUUGCUAUUGGUGGGCCGUUAUCACUAUGACAACAGUGGGCUAUGGCGAUAUGGUACCCAGAAGCAUCCCAGGCCAGGUGGUGGCUCUGAGCAGCAUCUUGAGUGGCAUCCUUCUCAUGGCUUUUCCUGUCACUUCCAUUUUCCACACUUUUUCCCGUUCAUAUAUUGAGCUGAAGCAAGAGCAAGAGAGAAUUAUGUACAGGAGGGCGCAGUUCUUAAUGAAAACCAAAUCCCAGUUAAGCAACGCAUCACAAGGGAGCGACGUAUUUCCGAAUAUGCCUUCAGAGACCAGAGACAAUGUCUGAUAACGGAAGUUUCCAUGUCUGCCUGUUGCUGGGAAGCAGGAAUAGCUUUCCUCUUGGCAUUUGCGUCUGGAGGCACUUGGGAAACCUAUUGCACAAAUAAUGUGCAAAGGGCUUAUAGCCAUGAUGACAGUGAGAACUUUAACUAUUAUGCAUAUUCAUGCUACUAUUAGGACUUGAAAUAAGAUUACUGCUUUUGGCAGAGUCUACAAAGGAGAAAGGACUUCUACGUAAGAUCACAAAGCCAUUUGAAAGGGAAAAGAAAAUGAGCAUUGUUGGCCAGAAGGAGAAGAGUAUAGAGUUACAUGCAGGCUGCAAAAUAUUCCAUUUGUAAUAUAACGAAAUGAGCCAUUUCCCUAGAAAACGACGGUGAAUGUAACAGUUUGGUCAUUUGGUUCAUUGAGUUUUGUUGUUCACUUCUGUCCGAACAGGUAAACUUUAACCUUUCAGAGAUCCAAAUGAAUUUCUUGGGUAUAUAACUCCAUCGUUUGUAGUGGAGUGGAACAGUUUGCGUUGCACUCAAGAGAAAGUAACUUCUGUAUUUUUUUUUUAAGUAAAUAGCUGGUGUUUGCUCCAGAGUGUAGAGCAAUCUCUCCAUUUCCUUCUCUCAUUCAGUUGCUGACAUCCUUCAUUUCAA